AUGGCCGAAGACACGACCGCCGACACGGCCUCUCCAUCUUCAUCACCGGCUCAGGCCGACAACAUCCCGACGCCUAACUCCAAUACCCGGACACGCUCAACAACCCAUCGGCGGGGGCUCAAACGUGGAGUCGCAGCGUGCGAGAGGUGUCGGAGAAGAAAACAAAAGUGCGACGGACAACUUCCGAUAUGCGGGCAAUGCUCGGCGGCAGGCACGCCAUGCGUGCCUUCGGAGCGCUUCCUUGUCCGUGUAGCCAACGUUGACUGCGAAUGUGACCGGCUCCGAAGUCAAGUGGAGAAUCUCACUGCGCAGCUGGAGGCGUUGAUGGCUGCGGUUGCCAACGGAGAUGUUGCAACGGACUCAUUACACCCCCCAACUGCGAAUAGCCUGGACACAGGUACCGGCCAGCAUGCGUCUCAGCGAGGGCACGCUUUGGAAAGAAUACACACCGAUCGUCUCCUGCGUCCUACAUUUUCAGGAGCAGCAACAUCGAGGACUGGAGAAGAGAGUCUCCUAAACAGCCCGUCCCGUCUGUGGGAUGGUGUUUCAACAGGAAGAACCCCGGAGGGUCCCGUAUCUCUGAUACAUCCAAGCUUGCAGGACAACAACUACUUGAUCGAGGGCUUUUUUAGUCGUCGAUGGCCUCAAUUUCCUGCCCUACACAAACCCACAUUUCUUGAGAAACACUAUUUGCCUUUCUCCCAAGGCGAGGCAGUCGAUGACUUGUCCCUAUUCCAAGUUAACAUCGUCCUGGCUAUCGCAGCAUCGGAAAGGGCCCGCACAGAUGAGCGACAUCGACAAUUGCAAGAUGACUUCUUCCAGUCGGCUACCGCCAGUCUGGGAGGUGCGCUAGCAACUGAUGACUUUGACAGCGUCCAGUGUCUCUUGCUGCUCUGUAUUUACGGCAACAAUGAGCCCCAGUCGGUCAACUUGUGGUACGCGAUAGGCUUAGCCCUGCGGCUUGCUGUCGGCAUGAACCUGCAUCGCGUCGAAACAAUCGCCUCCAAAGAAGCUCUUGAAGCAGAAAUGUGCAAGAGGCUUUUUUGGUGUGUCUACACCAUGGACCGGGGCAUCUCAAUGUCUCUCGGCCUUCCUCUCGGGAUCCAAGAUGCAGAUAUCACUAUGCCACUACCCUUAUCUCUUUCCGAUGACGUUCUCGCCAACCCAUCUCAAGAAACACCAUUGAGCUUCGGCCCUGAUGUAAAUGAUUUGUCAACAUUCCUUCACAUCAUCGAGCUCCGCCGCAUCAAUGCUGAUAUCUACAAAUCACUGCACUCCGCAGGAGACACGAACCUUGCAGGGAGUAACAUCGACGUUAUCCGAGUUCAACACCACACCAGACUGAACCAAUGGCUCGUCUCGGCCCCUCGUUACUUGGUUCCGACAUCCAUGCACCAAACACCUGAAUGGUUCCAGAUAGCAUAUCAUCAAGCAAUCAUGAACCUCUACAGGCCAUCACAUGCAUCGCCUGUCAGCACCAUCGAAGCCCUGCGUCAUUGUGCGGACUCAUCAAUUAGCCUCAUCAGCUGUUAUGCGGCGCUCUACGCCAAAAACAAAGUCACGUACACAUUCGUGGCCCUUACGUCACUAUUUAUGGCGGGCGUGACCAUGUUGUACUCACUCAGAGCCAGCGCCGCCUUGAGACAAGAGCUCACGCGCGACGUAGUGGAGUCCAACAUCAGGUCGUGUACGACACUCCUUCGGGAUAUCUCCCAUGGAGGAGCCGUCGUAGAGAGAAGCGUGGGGAUUAUUCAAAGACUAGGAAGGGCCACUUUGCCCUUCUUCGAGAGCAAUCUUGACCCUGCUGAUAACCAGGUUGACACGGAGUUCAUGUCUUGGUUUGGUCUGAAAGGUCACCAUCCAACAGGUCAUAGUUCGGCUCAGCCGACGCCAAGCGCUGAUAUUCCUUGGAACGAUUUGUUCGAACAUGGGUUUGAUCUUGGAAAUAUCUACUGCGGAGAUGUAUUAAUAUAG